GCGGCCGGGCCCUCCCUCGCUCCCUCCCUCGCUCGGCUCAGCUGUCCAGCCCGGGGAGCCAUCCACCUCAUCUGGGUGAACCAUCUGGAUCGAUAAACUGGAACCCAGCGUCCUCAGCAGGCCUCAUGCUGUCAUCUGGCGUGGAGACGCAGCCAGUACCUCUUGAUUCCCCCAUGUCUGCAGGGGCGCAGGAGUUGUACACGGAACUUCCAGUAAGCGUCUCCCCGGAGCUUGCUGCAGAAUUUGAGCCAAGUGUUAUUCCAGUUGCAGAACCUGAAGCCUCGAGCUCCUUGGUGCGGACUUUGCCUUUAGAACCCCAGAGAACUCAUGUGGAAAAUUGCCGUCAAGACGCUGACCCCAUGGGUGAUGGGGAAGAGGCGGGGCGUUGUGGCCUGGCCGCCGGCUGUGCAGCUGGAGACCUUGCGGCUUCAGGAGUCCAUGCGAAAGAGAGAGCGGAGCAGGAGCAGGAGGGGAGAGCUCUGAGAGCCCCCCAGGAGGGAUUGGCAGAAGGCCAGGGGGAGCCUGCCCCAGCGGCUACUGAAGGAGCGUGCAGCUCGUGCCAGGUGGUCCUCAGGAGGCAGCGGAGUGGGAACCCCUCUGAGGAUGAGCCGCAGCGCACAGAAGAAAACCAAGGAAACAUACAGGUUACAACAGAAACUCUGCCAAACCCUACUGAAGAAGGACAAGGUAUGAAGGUCAAUGGGACUAAGAUGAUUAGUAAUGCAGAACCCAGGAGUAACAAAGUGAGUAAAAGUCUCCCACCUGGGCGCAUCGACUGCCCAGAUGUAGACAAAAUCAUGACCAGUGGUGAGGUUUCAGAAACCAGCAUCCUAGUGUCCCUAGAGCCUUUAACCUCUGUGGAGCCUGGAUUGACAAAAGCGCCUUCAACAGAAAAAGAAUGUGAGACAUCCAGUGCUCGUCCGCUUUGGCCGCCAUCACCAGAGGACAGUGCCAGCCUCCCAAUGUAUGGUGAAGACAUACUAUCCAGAUUGAGCCUUGACCACGAAGCCGUUGACAAUCACCAGCACAACUGUGGCUGUGACAUUGAAAGUCCUUCCAAGACCAACAUUCCUCAGGCGAAGAGCAAGGAAGGUGGCAUUCUUCCUUUGAAAGCAGACCCCCGAGGGUCAUGUUUCCCAUUGAGCUUACGCUGUGUGGGGUCUGGAAGUAUCUCCCUUGAAGAGUGUGGCUGUGGAGAUGCCCUGCAGAAGAUGGAAAAGCCCGUCUGUACUGGAGAGGUCCCGAGAGAAGAAGGCCCAGCUUCUCGAUGGGAAGGAGAAGGAGGUCAGAGUGUCAGGAGCAAAAGUAGCAAAGUUGCUGUCGACACCGAGCCAGGAGCAGAAGAGAGCAGCACGCCUCCUCUGAACUAUGCCAGUGGUCGACGAGGAUGUGCCCUUGAUAGCUGCUGCAUUCACAACCCCAGUCAGGGGACUCGAAGUCCCCAACAAGAGAACUCUCGUUCUCCUUCAGAAGAAGAUCCUAUGAAAGGCCCUUCAGAAAUUCAAGAGAAUUUCAAAAAACAUGAAGGCAAGAGAGUAAGUUGCCCUUGUGCUACACACCAAGACGAAGACUCCAUAGAGGAAAGUGACUCCUUGGUGAUGCAGACUGAAGAAUCAGAAAAGACGCUCUCUGGGCACUCAGGUGUAUCAGGCAAGAAUGCUGACGGUCAGAAUCCUGGUUCUUUGGUCAGCAGCCGGAGAGGCCUAGGGAGCUGCACUGAGAAGAGAAACCCCACUGCUUGUUCUGUGCCAGAUGAACCACCCACGUCUGUAAGUAAAGUCUCAGAGGUCAAAAGUGUUCUUCCUCAGCUACAGAGGGACCAAAAAUGUGACCUUGCUGACCAGCCUGAGGGAAAAGAAAUUAUAGGAAUCUCAAGUAAGGCUGUUAUUCCAUUUGUAGAUGGACAGAGAUUUGCUUCGUAUCCCGCUGAGUCCCAUGAAGACAAAGGGAAGCUUUUACGUGUCUUAUCUGGAAAGAUGUCCUUCUAUGCUCGUGACCACAAGGGAGCAACAGCUCCCCAAGAGUCAUCUCUAGGUGGUCAUGCAGAAGAGGGAACAAGUGAGGCUUCUCAGCAACUGGCUAGCUCUGUGUUGGAGGAUGGAGUCAGGGUCAUUGCCAACCAGCAAACCAUUCUGACCCACAUGAGAAAAGGGAAGGAUGCCUUCUGCCCAGGUGCCACCACCUGCCGUGCCUCUUCUGAGAAUCACGAUGUCAGUGCUAAAGCAGUAAGCUUCAAUAGGGUGCCAAACAACCCAGUCAUAGGAAAACUGGCGGUCGUGUCAGGCCUUGAAAAAGAAGUAGCAGAAUUAUCUGAAGAGGCUCCUGACUUAGAGCAUGAAAGUGCCCAGUCUCAGGGAUGUCACAGCCACCAGAGACAUGAGAAUGCCCCAGAAGGGGACAUGUGCUCAGAGGGUGUUACCUACAAAUCCACUGCAAUCUCCCCAGAAGCUGAGAAUCAGUCUGUGUUGACCUCUGAAGACAUAUUGGUACCCCGUGAUCCUCCCUUUCCAGAAACGGGAAGUAGUCUGGUAAGAAGCAUCCUCAGUGUGAGACGUCCCUUGGGGAAAAAUGAACUUUCUAAAGAAGAAAUUGAAGAUAGUCUUCAAGAAGGCAAGAUCAAGAAUGAAGUGGCUUCAUGUUCAUUACUCAACAGAGCCUUAAACAAAAGCACGCUUGCCUUGAGCCAUGCUAAGCCUAGAAAUUUCAUAGCAAGAUCAGCCGGAAAGACAGGCUUAGAAGAAAAUAAACUGGGAACACACAGUAAGGAGACGGCGUUACCUUGCGAAUCCCAUCCCCCUGGACAUACUGUUUUAGAAAGCAAGCUGUCCUCAAACAUUCCAAGUCCUGAAGAGCCGAAGGACUUGUGUCUUACCACAGCACGCUCAAGUGUUAGGAUUACAAACCAAGCAGAUGGGACAGAUCAAGGCCUUAAUUGCCAGAGUGACCUUAAUGGUGCAGUUGAAUGCUGGAGUGAAAGUAAAUCAUCCAAGACCAAACAUCAUGGCAUGGGAAUCUUUGAAGUCCAACACACUGAUAGUCAUAAGUGUGAAGAUGUUGCAAAACCUAACAAAAGGUUGAGCUCCAGUCACAAAGAACUGCUAGUUAAAGACUUAAACAACAUCCAACCAUCUCGUAGUCUUCCAAAGAAAAAUAUUUUUAAAACUUACCUAGGUAAUGAAGACUUUACUGUGUGCAGAGCAGAUCCAACUCAGCUUGGUAAUAAGCUCAGAGAAAAGGUGUCGGAAAUGAAAGAAUCUGAUUCUGCUGGUAGUUACAGAAGGAAAGAGGAGCCCUCCUGGCUUCAGCCAGACAGGCCUUUGAGGAGUGACCAGUCUCAAGGAGGAGAAGGACUGAUUGACCAGGACUCUAUUUUACCGUGUGCUUCUGAUUCCUUUAAUAAGAGAUCUCUGAAAACUGUACCAUCUCAUAAAGGGACACCAUCAUUUGAACAGAGAGAUAACAACCUUCGUAAUGAGGUGAGCCGGGAGAGUAAGACGCAUGGGAUGGAAUCUGUUAACAAUCAUGAGCAAAAUACAGAGUUGUCAGAUACCAUGAGUGUGUUGUUAGAGAGCACUCAUCGCUGGAGAGUUGUUGAAGAAGUGCUUCCAGGAGAGACAGAAGGGACAACUGGUGGGUUAAGACCACAAAGGAAUUCUGCGUUUGAUGAUGAAGAUUCCUUAGAAGUUUAUUCCAAAGAGCCUGUGUUAGGAUCUGUUGAGACAAUGCCUUUGCAUAUAUCUUCCCUCGAAAAUUCAGCCACUGGUCCAGAUGGUCCCCUGGGUGAAAAAGCUGAAACAAAACAGCUUCCUGAAUCAGUAAAUGUCAAAGUGCUCCCCGAACUUGUAAGGAGCAGCACAGUGAAGACCAAGGUGAAGAAAAGAGGAAUACCUAACAUUGAUACCAGAGGCAAAAGAGGCACCCCAGGAACAUUUCAGCCAGAGCUGGUCUCCAGUGUGGCACCUUCAUCUUCUGAACUGAAUCCAGGAAAUAAAAUGGACAGAAGAGAGACUGGAGAACAUCAAGGAACACUAAAUGAUUUACGAGUCAGAGAGGAAUCUGAAGGCAAAACUUGGAGAGCAGAUGGUGGUGAUAAGAGUUCAGAUGCUUAUAGGCCAUAUUUUAAACGAAAGAGGAUAUGUGGAGAAACUGAAACACGGAAAGCCCCAAUUGUCCAGGGCUGCAGGUGUAAAGGAGGGCAGGAGGGCAUGCAGCCAAAGAAAAGAGGAACCUUUUCCCAGCAGGAAGAGUCACCGAAUGCCAAGCCUUGUAUCAGACCAACAGUGGGCCCAUCGUUACAAGACUUGGCAAGUCAAAGCCACCGUAAGGGACAUGCACAUAAGCAGAGCACUUUGAAGGAUAUCACAGGAGCCAAGGUGUACAAGAAUGAGCCUUUUCCUCAGUUUCUAAAAGUGGAUGGUUUAGAGGCAGGAAGACGAGCUCUUCAUUUACAGCCCAACACUGAGUCGCCUUUAGGUCCCCGUCUCCCCAUCUCCAGAGUGAUGCCCCAAGAUAUCACUGGUACUGGAUGUGAGGAAACACACAAUACCUUUGCGAUGACCCCAUAUCAAAGAAUAUCUCUUCUACCAUUAAAGAAAGGGCUAACCAUCACUUACCAUGAGCCCAUCAAAACUGGAAGAAAAAUGGAUGAUGUCCAAAAGUGUGUUCCUCUAAAGAAUGCUUCAGAAACCAUCUCUGUCAAAGAACACAAAGUCCUCACCUGGUCCUCUGCUGCCCUUCCGUCCUCGGCUUCAGAGGCCAAUCACAUGCCCAAGCCGAAAGCCAUGAGACGCCUUCUGCUGAACAGCAUGAGACUUCAGAAACCUACCAAAGAGUCGGCCUUGCUAAACAAGUUGUCUGUUCUGGCUGGGAAGCUGCUGGCCGCGUCCACGGCAACCCAAGAGUUAGGAUCUCAGUCAUGCUCUGCUGAACUUCUUCCGGUGGCUGAGACCUACAAACGGCUCAGGUUUAUAAAGCUCCAGGAUGAAUCUCCCUACAAUAUGAUGCAGCUAAACCUACACACAGGUGAUUAUGGGUGCAACAAGACACUUGACAGUCAGACUUUGGCACUUUAUCCCCUCGAAGCCCUCAGAGUAGGUUUCUUAGACUUGAUGAACAAAAUGCCGUCAUUGCAAUUCAGUGCCCAAAUCUUCCCAAUAUCCUUUCAUAUAAACCUGGACUCAGAGCUCACAACUGAUUCCACAAGAAUUUUUUCUGAGCACUGCUCCCCUCCUGAGAGUGUCCCAGGAGAGGAUCCCACACACCCACCUCAGCUUCCAAAGUGGACCUUUUCCUUCCUUAUGUCCCAGGGUUCUUCAGGGACAGCCACAUUCAGGGAAGAAGAUGGGCUCGGUUGUGAGCUGCUAUCCCAUGCUGCUCUGCAGACCUUCUCCCCCGAGCAAGCCCCUGGAAGCAAUGCUAUCAUGAAGGUCAGAGCUGGUUGCUCUGUCCUUGGCCUUCAUACAGUUUUAGCACUUUCUUCCCCUGGGUGUUAUAGGAUCUGGACGAGAAAAAGGAGCUUAUCCAGCCAUUUGCCUACCAUCCAGAGGCUCUUCAUGACUCAGUUUACACAGGGCUUCAAAGGGUUAAGGCCUCCAGCAUCUCUGUCCAACAGUCUCUUCCCUUCUCUGCCCUACUCAGUGGGCAGGGUACUGUCCAUACGGAGCCAGCAUGGUCCUUCUGCCUGCCCCUUCGAAAUCACUCCUCUCCAUUCCAAACACAGCAAGUGGCCGCCAACUCUGGGCAUCAGGAACAGCCAUGCCGUCUUACCACACGUGCCUCUGUUGGGCAUGGAAGCCACCACUGCUAGGACCGGAGGCAGUCCAGUUAGGCUGGGAUCUCCAUUCUCUGCUUUGGUACCAAAGUCCCGCUUAGCCUUUGAACCAGUGGUCAGUGUGCUCCGGCUUUCAGCCUCUGACUUCCAGAUUCCUGCUUUCAAAGAACUUAGGAGAGUCCCUGCGGUGUGCACCAGUCAGCACAGUAGUGCCAGCCAGAAAGAGAUUGAGUCAGAGAAGCGGCCAAAAAAAGUGUCACAGAUUCGAAUCCGGAAAACCAUUCCUAGGCCAGACCCCAACCUCACCCCCAUGGGACUGCCUCGACCCAAGAGGCUGAAGAAGAAGGAAUUCAGUUUGGAAGAAAUAUACACCAAUAAAAAUUACAAGUCCCCUCCUGCAUCGAGGUGUUUAGAGACUAUCUUUGAAGAGCCCAAAGAGAGAAAUGGGGCGCUCAUUUCCAUCAGCCAACAGAAGAGAAAGCGGGUCCUGGAGUUCCAGGAUUUUACUGUCCCUCGGAAGAGGAGGAAUCGUGGUAAGAUCAAAGCGACGGGCAGCUUUACCAGGGCAAAAAAGGCUGCCCUCCAAAGCCGAGAGCUGGACGCCCUCUUGAUUCAGAAACUGAUGGACCUGGAGGCCUUCCUUGCCAAGGAGGGAGAAAAGGAGCCGACGUCAGGCUGCUGAGAAGUCCGUGGAGGAAUUUGGGGGCCUUGUCUUGGUCCUUCUCUCGGACCUCCUUGGCAAGGAUCCCUUGGCUUUUCCCGGUCAUUGAAACCACUCAACCCGCAUGAGGGAUCCCUGGUUAAUGAGGUGCAGACAUCUCUUGUAUGGUUGAGCAGCUCUGCUUUGCUGCUGAGUGGAGGGCCUCAGGAAGGCCGGCCUGCCCUCUCCUGCCACCUUGGGACCUCCCCAGGGCCAGGCAGCAGCCCUCCUUCUGUGAUAACACUAGGAUUCCCAGGACCCACCCACUCAUUUUGCACGUCCCUGUGGACUCUCCAUUGUUUACAGCGGUGCUAGUCGCAGAAGCUAAAUUACCUUGUUCUUGGGAUCCCCUACUUCACCAGAGGAGUUGGGGAAUGGUUUGUCCUUGAUUAUGUUCUUCAAUCCUGGGAAUGAGUCGGCUUAGACCUGGGUUCUGUGUGUGUGGCCUGCCUUCCACCCAGAGCCCUGCCCCGCCCCACCCCACCUGCCCUACCUGCUGGUGGCCUUGGUCACUGGCACCAGAGGAGCCCAACAAGGCACCAUUCCAAGUCAGUUGCACUUUUCAAUGUUGUGGUGUUUCCUCUUUUUAUUGUUAUUGUUGUCAUUGUUAUUAUUAUUAAUUAUUAUUAUUAUUGCUGCAUGUUGGGAGCCUUUAAAUGUGAUUUUUGUUUUAUUUUUAUUUUUUGACAUGUGGAGGAGAAAGGCAAUUAUCUGUUUUAAGCAAAGACUGUUCAAUAUGUAAUGUGUCUCUGACCCAGUCUCUCACAGGGCAGUGGGAAGCUGUAUCCUCUUUCACCCUCCAAGUGAAUGGACUUCGGGUCAAAGAGCAGGUUUUUCUCCAGUUAGCUUUUAAUAUACUAGGAUCAGAUGGGAUUUUACUUUGUUUUUAUGGCCAAAACAAUGAAGGUGAUGGCAGACUUAAUCCCUGGGGCUGCCUGGGUUGAAAGGCUUAUUACUCACUAAGUGUCUAAGUGUGAAAAGUCAUGGGCCUCAGGGAAGCCAGCCCUCAUUGGCCCCAGGCAAGGACACUCGGUGUCUGGGUCACUGUGUUUGUGAACCAUACUUGAAGCUUUGCUGAGAGGCAGAGGGAUCACUAGCUGUUGGCUCCUCCUUAGUGCCUACGUGGUUAUUUGGUCAGAGGGUUGCCAUCUUCUCCACUUAAUCCACUUGGCCCUCUUCCUUCCUUUCCCCUCUGCAUUUCUUUCUCAUAAGCAGGUCUUCCUAUGAAAGCAGUGUAGAGAGCUGGGGUUCUCAGCCAGUGAAUGAGGUGCCCCCCUGUCCUCCAGACUCCUAGCAUCUCCUUCCCAUCUCUGCUGGGGUGCCUUGAGACCUGCACACAGCAAGCCUCCAGGGGCAUACGAGACUCACCUGCUAGGUCUCACAUACCCACAAGGGAUUCGCUUGUUAGGGUCAGGUAGAGAGGGAGUUUGCUUCUCUGUGCCAAUAAGGGAGAGCGUGGGCUUUUUCCCUUGGAAGCUCCCAGCCUAGACAUAGAGACCUAGGACAUCCGCUACAGCCGAAUGGGACCAGACCCCCCCAGUUGGACCAACUCCGUAUCAUACAUGGCUGCACCACAGGCCCAGGCCUUUCUCUUGUGGACCAGCCAAAUUCUAGAGGCCUGUAUCAUCAGGACCUGCAUUUCUCCUUGAUACCUCUGCCUAGGGUGGAGGUCUCUUGAUUCUAAGCUCCCCUCUCUCUAUGCACUACCUUUGAGGAGUAGUGUGUGCCCUUCCCAGCCUCUCUUCAGGGAGCCCCCCUACCUAGCAGUCUUGUUUCAGUGGGACCAUGUUGUCAGAUGCGGUGGUGGUGUCUGGAGUUUGGAAGAUGCCAGGGCCAUGCCACUUGAUGGACCAGGAGGCAGACACUGCAGCAGUGUCUGUAAUGAUGUAAUUAGAGAUGUCAUUCCAGCUUUAGCACCGCCAGAAGUGGCACCUGUGAGGGCCGGAUGGCCAGGUAUUGGGGCUGGUGAAGCUCUGGCAGCACUGUGGAGGGGAUGGAUCCAGGGGCCCACUGCACUGUGUGCCCAGGCAGACCUGGUUAUUUCUCAGUCGUCUGACUUUCCCUUUCUUCAGGGCUCCCCCUGCCUGGUCUCCCACCCCCAGCUCUAAUGGUGAAAGGGGCUAGAAAAGGCUUCCACCUAGAGGUCUUUGCCACACCUCCAAGUCUCUGGUCAGGCUUUGAAUCACUCCCAGGAAGUUGAUGGAUCUGGGAUGCUAGCCACACCUGUCUUCAGGUCUACAGGCUUUACAGCCCCUGGGGCCCACGCUGCCCACGCCUGGGACCAGGUCUUCUGCCCCAGGUGGCCUGGAUCACUCCGGGGCUUGAGUGUUUUCUGUGUGGGAUGGAGAAAUCUCCGGUCUGAGCAGGGUUCUGCUGUCACCUUUCAUAGCUGGCUUUCCCCCUCCAUGCCAUCCCUUGCCCCUUUCCAGUCUCAUUUCUCUGUUGGUGUGAAAGUACCUCAUUUAAGCCGAUUAUGUCUGUGUUGUCUUACUGAGGGGGGUACAGUGAAGAGACAUGUAGCAUUUGCCUUAUUCGGAGCCCAACGAGCUCAGAAACUCAUGCUGUGAAUCCCAAAACAUGAUGCCCUCCCCCUCCCCCCCCCCAGCUGUGAAAAUCAUGACACUUGGUCACACUUUUGCCUCAAGGGCAUGCUGGAGCCGGAACCAGCUUAACUUAGAAGCAUUGAGACAUCUGUUGUUUGGGUCCCCCCUGCUUCUGCCAAGAUUGGCCUGUGUGCACCACCCAUGGGGGCUGGGGUGCAGCCAAUCAUAGGUUGUAGGUGGGCUGUGGGGUGGCAGCUCUAGAGUCAUCCUCUCUGUCUCCAGGAGAAGAUUUCAUCUUCUUUCAUUAAACACUAUAUAUAUAUAUUAAGGUCAACCUUUAGGCAAUGAUGCUUUUCUCUUGUCACUUGGAGGCAGGGGAAAAAUAGGCAGUUGUUUUGUUUUGUUUUUUUCCUUUAAUGCCUGUGGGAAAAUAUUUUUUAAGCUUUCUUCUGGUGUCUGUAAAAGGACCUCGGAUGUACCACGUUGCAGGUGGCUUUACCCAAAGCAUUACACAGGAUUGGUAGAAGUGUCCUUUCCUUUGUACCUUCUCAGGAAGGGACCCUCCCUGCCAGGAGAGCUGAACUCCUUGUCCAGUCACUGGACCCGACCCUGGAGGAGGCUUCAGCUGAAGGAAAUCAGAGUUUAGUAUUCAUUGAGCCACAAACCCAGCCCCCAAAGUUGUCUGGAUUUCCUGGUGGGUGGGGUGGGGCGGGGUGGGGUGGGGGAGAGAUGGUAGGCUGAUGGUCCAAAUUGUUGCUUUAGCAUUUCCACAAGCACCUUUGGUGCUGCAUUGGACUUCUGGGUGAUGUGUUUCAGCACCUCUGUGCUGGACAGGGCCAGUAGCUGCCUGAAUAAAGUGUUUCUAUCUUAUCAUGAGAAAUAGUUCAGUGAAAUUUGUACAUUUUUGGUAACAUUGGCAUCAAUCAUGCCCCUUGCAGUUUCAUUUCUGUUUGGUAGUUUGUGAUUCUAAAAUUCCCACUGUUAUA